AGGAAAAUGAACGCUGGCCUCCAAAUAAAACGCCAUGUGUUAUCAUUAAAUCUCUGUUCUGUCUUUCAACGCUUAUUUUUCUCUUCAUUUCUUUCUUUAGGGUGAACUUUGUAUUUUUCUAUUUUUAUCUUGGAAUUAUUGGAAGCUCCGAAGACAAGAAAAUCAUUUCUGAACGACAAAAGGAAAUAAAAAUGGCCGAUCAACUCACUGAUGAUCAGAUCUCCGAGUUCAAAGAAGCCUUUAGCUUGUUCGACAAAGAUGGAGACGGUUGUAUCACCACGAAAGAACUUGGGACUGUGAUGAGAUCGCUUGGACAGAACCCCACCGAGGCAGAGCUACAGGAUAUGAUUAAUGAAGUUGACGCUGAUGGAAAUGGAACUAUUGAUUUUCCUGAGUUUCUGAAUCUGAAUCUCAUGUCUAGGAAAAUGAAAGACACUGAUUCUGAAGAAGAACUGAAAGAGGCUUUUAGAGUUUUUGGCAAAGAUCAAAAUGGUUUUAUUUCUGCUGCAGAGCUGCGUCAUGUGAUGACAAACCUUGGUGAGAAGCUUACUGACGAAGAAGUUAAUGAAAUGAUAAAAGAGGCUGAUGUUGACGGUGAUGGCCAAAUAAAUUAUGAGGAAUUUGUCAAGGUUAUGAUGGCAAAGUGAUCACUCUAACUCGGGUUAUGUUCAGUAUGACAUGAUCAAAAGUCUAAUGGAAUUGUAAUUACAGUGCAUAUUUCAUUAUUUUGUUCAGUUAUGUAAGAAAAUUUUGAUAAAAUAUAUUGAUGAUUACAUCACGUACCAUUACAUAUAAAAAUAAAUGUGAUGAUUUAUUCUUUUUAUGGCUA